UCGUGCGACCUUCGCGAUCUUGAUCAUCGGGACUGGGAUUUCUAACCUGACUGUUGCUUAUUUGUUUACACUGUAAAAAAGAAGAGGGAGGGCUCUAUGUUUAAUGGUAUUUGUAAAGUUGUACAUGAAUCUCAACUUAUCUGCUCCGGCUAGAGCUUAAUCUCAGCCAGCAAGGUGUUAGUUCAUGUUUAACAGUGCUACUAGAAUGAAGUUCUGUCCGGUAUUGUUAGUCUCGCUAUCAUUUCUUUGCAUCGGUAGUAAUGCCCUUUACAGCCUGUUUCCGAUUGAAAUCGGAUUAAGUGGUGAAGACCCUUUUCUUCCUCUCGAAAGGGAUAUGUUUGAUGAUUGUCACAUUCGUUACAUGCGCUAUGGAAGAGAUGAAUUAACGAUUCCGGAUCCUCUUGAACCGUACGAUGAACCUCGUGAUUAUAGUCAUAUUGCUUCCAUCGGUAGUACGCUCGAAGGAGGCAGAGUCGAUUGGAAAUGCAUUGGCGCACUGAUAUGGGACAAUGUUGUGCUUACUUCAGCUCAUUGCACUACAGGCGAAGGAAAUAGCGCACCUAACGUCGUACGGCUUGGAGGACCCACUUACGUUCAACAGAGAAACAUUAAAGAAAUCAUACGACAUCCCGAGUUUUCACCAAGAAAUGGUCAAAAUGAUAUUGCACUGAUUCAUUUAGAGGGAAAAAUUGCAAUCAACGCAACAGCAGUACCGACAUGUUUAUGGCUAUCGGAUGAGAUACCAUUUCCGAACAUGGACUCUGUAUUCCGUACUGCGGCCAACAGCGAUCAACAAUUCUCCGAUUACGGAACUGAGGAGAUGAACAGACUGAAUAUUGAGAGUCAAAGUUGUACUUCACCUACGACGCGAGAUCAAGGCUUGCCAGAGACACAGCUUUGCAUGGAAUCUGCCGAGUUUGAUGCCAGUGAAUGCACUGAAAUGCCCGAAGGUAAUCCACUACAAGUACGUCUCCUACACAACUUCAAAACGAGUCCCUUCUUGGUCGGUAUAUUAUCUUCCAGCUUCACGUUAGGAUCCUGCAAUCCUCGUCGAGGUUACACCAAAAUCGCACUCUACCGUGACUGGCUAAUGGGGGUGCUGCUGGAGCGAAAUAUUUCAGUAACACCGCAAGCUUUUUUCCCAAUGGUUUGUGCACAUCGUUUUGCUCAACUGAGACCACGAGUUGAUGAACUUUUGAACGAACGCAACGGUGAUAUACCGGUUAACACCGUUCAGUUGGGAUCGAACAGUAACAGAUAUCUGAACUACAUUGUACAGUUCGAAUGGCCUUCAGUAACGGAAAAUAGGACACAAUCCGAUUGCGCCGGUACAUUUGUUGAUCAGCAGACUAUUCUUACUCUAGCGACAUGUGUCCUCUCGACCAAUGAAGACGGAUCCCGUCCGACAGCAGCAAUACACGUGACGCCAUAUGCAAAUAAUUCCUAUCCAAUUGAAUCGAUCACUGUGCAUCCUGGUUAUGUGAAAGGCUCUCAUAAGAACAACAUCGCAGUGGUUAAAUUAAAAACUCGUCAAAAUGUAGUUCCCGCUUGCAUCUGGCCAUUCGAUAACUUACCUAGCGAAAGAGUUGAUCUGACCGGUGUUGGAAUGGAUGCCUUGAACACCUUCCAGGAGCGUUUCAUAGACAACCCAGACCGUGUCAGUAACGUACUUGUACAGCAUGCGACCGAUUACUAUCCCUGGACGAAUUGUACUGAAGAGUUGGCAAGACUGAGUGACAAUCGAUCGUUGGCAAUUUUCAACAACAAAGAGCAUCUAUGUUUCCGCAGUGAUCAAUGGAUAGUACCGGGCGUGUGCAAGGAUAUUCCCGGCGGACCAGUGCAGCGGUAUAUCAACAGAGCCGGAGCAUUCUUCAAAUACGUGUAUGCGUUAACCGUCAUUGGGCGAACUUGUGGCUACGGGGAGCCAACUGUAGCGAUACAGCUGGCUCCACAUGUGGCCUGGUUACAAUCAGUAAUGCUACAAAAGCGAAGUUCCGGUUCGGGAGACCUUUCGGAGUCAGUGAUCUUCAUCAAUCCAGAUUUGAAACGAAGCGAUGAGUGUAGCAAUGGUGACGAUAGCUUAGGUAUAUGUGUCCCGCAUGAGCUGUGUUUAAGCACGAAGGAGCGAUUGCGCAAAGGUGAGCGGGUAACGAUCUGUACGGAAGGAUCAAUCGUGUGCUGUCCAUGGGGAGAUAUUGCGAGAAAUUCUGCCGUUGAUCCGAUACGUACCGAACUUGAGAGCUGCGAGGAUCGAUAUCAAUCUAUAAGACGCGAGCGCUACAGAGGGGAGGACGAAAAUGAGUCACUUUAUACCAAUCUACCACACAUGGCCGAAAUUGGAUGGCCUCAGAAUAAUGGCCGUAUCAAUUUUGAGUGUCUUGGCUAUUUGAUUACCCCCAGGAUCAUCGUUAUAAGUGCCCGCUGUAUGGAGACGUACCCACACAAACCUACAGUGGCACGUAUUGGAUCAGUGCAAGCCUCAGAUGCGUCCAACUACGUUCUACAGCCUAUUCGUCGCGUACGAGUUCACGAAGACUACGACCCUUUGACAGGUGUCAACAACAUAGCGCUGGUAGCACUGACGGCACCAAUCGAAAUUAACGUCUUUCAUUUUCCUGGAUGUUUGUACCGGAAUAACACUCACAUUCCUGCCCGUUUGUUUACUAUCAACGAAAAUAAAGGCACAACAUUUGUGGGGAAAAUAGCUCCAGCGUAUCAAAGCGAAUGUAAGGAACAUUUGGCAGAAGAGCUUGCUCCGGGUCAAAUGUGCUUAUGGAAGCCCCAGCCGGAAGCUAGGUGGGGAGUACCAAAUGCCUGCUUAAAUACUGGAGACCCAAUCAUAUGGGAGAAUCGUACCGAAGUGAUGGACAUAAUCGAUGCCACACAUUUGGUAGGUAUCUUCAGUCACGGUGGCUGUGAGGUGGAAAAUAUUCAAAUUGUCACACGCAUUUCGUUCUUUUACGAUUGGAUAGUUCUUAAUGCUAAGUAAUCAGUAAAAAGGAAUCAAUGGUGCAAUAGUAUAUUCAAAUAAAUCUGUAAGCUUGGACAUGAA